AUACAAGAAAGUCAAGCGCAUAUGAUGUUUCAUGAUUGGAGUAGUGCGGUAAAUAAAGUUAACAUUAGUAACGAUGGACAGUAUAAUAUAAUAAAUCCUGAAAGUACCUACCAUGAACUUCUAGCGAAUAUAAUGCUUCCUGGAUAG